AUGGCAUUCUACGACACUGUUCGAAACCCGAGAGACUUCGCCCUUAAAGCUUCCUCUAAGAGCGCCCAAAGCUUCCAAAUGCUCAAGAGUUCAGCGGAAUGGAAGAGUUCCGCGAGCACUUGGGGAUUAAAGCAUCUCUUUGCUUGCCGAGUCGUAUGCAUCAAACCGACCCAAGUUCUCUCCGAAUUAAAAGAUACAGUCGAAGCAAUAAAGAGAGAAAAGAACGAAUGGGAUUCAGUUCUCAAAGAUUUAAUCCGUGGACCUAACGAGGACAAGGCAACUCUGGGCAGCAUGUCUGAUGUUAAAAUACUACGCCAAUACAAUAACGACGGUCUUGGACAUCUCUGGGCCGCUUUGUCCCCGUUGGUGAAGUUCGACACUGGACCGACGCCAGAUAGACAGCUGCGACAACGAAACCCUUCCCAAGUUGUCGAGUCUCAAGGCUCAUCCUCGAGAGAGGCGUCGUCGCAGACGCCCACUCCAUCAGUGACAGAGUCAACCCCCUCAAGCAUUGGAUAUCACGAGGCCGAAUGGGCACCUCUUCUCGAGGAUAUCACUGUCAUUUUCGCCAGUUGCUUUAUCCGACACGUUCUAGCCUUCUGUCAACCGGCAGACAAAGUUUCAGAUGUUGUAUAUCGAGCCGCGCGAAUGGCGCACAAGGACGGCACGUUGCAAUUAUGCGCCAUUAAUGAUGGCGGUAUUCAAGUUGUGGACCAAAGAGGAACGUAUCAAGUAGCAAUACUUGAGGCCAAAAGGGCAUUCCAGACGAUUCAAAAUGGGAGCCCAACUAUUUCCGACGAGCUCCUGGCCCAGAUGGUAGGCGAAGCUCUAGGAGUCAUAGCAUCGGGAUCUUCAAUCUUACGGAACAAGGUGAUUACCAUCCUAGCCAUCAAACAAUUUGUGAAAUUUCUCAGUUUCACGGUAGACGAACAAUUCAUGUCGCAAUUCAAGACCAUGGACCCAGCGGUCCUCAACGGAAGGAAUACCUACCUGGUGGUAAAUUCUACAGUGUGGUUUGACGCCGCCGUCCGUCACGGCCGUGAAUCUAUCGUCAGCCAUUUGAUGGCCUUGGUAGAUUGCGCUGAUGAAGUUGUUUCGCCUUGA